CGCCAUGAAGCGGCAGAACCUGCGCACGGCCGCGCUCAUCCUCUGCAUCUUCUCCUACCUGCUGGUGGGCGCCGCCGUCUUCGAUGCGCUGGAGUCGGAGGCGGAGAGCGGCCGCAAGCGGCUGCUGGAGCAGAAGCGCGGGGAGCUGCGGAGGAAGUACCGCUUCUCCGCCGACGACUACCGGGAGCUGGAGCGGCUGGUGCUGCAGGCCGAGCCGCACCGCGCCGGCCGCCAGUGGAAGUUCGCCGGCUCCUUCUACUUCGCCAUCACGGUCAUCACAACCAUCGGCUAUGGACACGCUGCCCCGGGCACGGAUGCCGGCAAAGUUUUCUGCAUGUUCUACGCCAUCCUGGGCAUCCCCCUGACGCUGGUCAUGUUCCAGAGCCUGGGGGAGCGCAUGAACACCGUGGUGCGGCUGCUGCUCAAGAAAAUCAAGAAGUGUCUGGGCAUGAGGACAACCCAUGUCUCCAUGGAGAACAUGGUCCUUGUGGGCUUUCUGUCCUGCAUGGGCACCCUGUGCAUCGGCGCCGCAGCCUUCUCUUACUUCGAGGGCUGGACUUUCUUUCAUGCCUAUUACUACUGCUUCAUCACCUUGACCACUAUUGGCUUUGGAGACUUUGUGGCUCUGCAGAAGAACGAGGCUCUGCAGAAGAAGCCCCCGUACGUGGCUUUCAGCUUCAUGUACAUCCUGGUGGGCCUGACCGUCAUCGGCGCCUUCCUCAACCUGGUGGUGCUGCGGUUCCUGACGAUGAACUCGGAGGACGAGCGGCGGGACGCCGAGGAGCGAGCGUCGCUGAGGAGAGCCCGGAACAACAUCCACCUCAAGCCAAAAGAGGACAGCCGGAGCAGCAACGCCAUUUUUCUCCCCGUGGAGGACAGGACGAGCCAGAUGAACCUGAUCCCGCUGGUCCAGGACGUGGAGAGGCAGCGGCGCCAGUCGGCCAACUCUGCGGCCGCGGUGCCCUCCUUCUGCACGUGCCUGUGCUACAGACCCCAGGUGUGCGGCAGCCCCGUGCCCUCCCACCCCGAGACCCUGAGCUGCCACACCAACCCCGUGUACUACAACUCCAUCUCCUACAAAAUCGACGAGGUGUCCCUGAGCACGCGGGGUCAGACCGGCUCUUCCCCAGGGAGCACUUUGUCAUCCAACAGCCCUCGCUGCCGGCAGCACCCCCGGCUGCGCAGGAAAUCCAUCUAGGAGCGUGUGCCCAGCUGCACUCAGUGCUCGAGUCUUACCAUGAUGAUAAAUUAAGAACAGAGAUGCCAGGUUCUUCUUACUCUCUCAUUUCUUCUGUUCCUCUCCCCUUUCAGCUGGCAGCCAGCCCCACGCAGGGUCCAGCAGGAGCCUUUAAACCCUGUCUAGAAAUAAGUACUCCUUUUUUUGCAGGCACCGAAUGACACUGUCAGUUUUUAUUUGCUUUUUCCUCCCAGGUAGGUUCAGGCAUUUGGGUCUGGCAAGAGCCCCCCUGGUGUGAAGCCCGGCGAGCUGUAGGUUUGCUUUCCCACCUCCCUGCUCCCCAAAGGGUGCAUUGCUGCUUUCCCACCCUGCCAAACCUUGGCUGUGGCUGCUGCCAGCACAUGGCUCCUGCUCCGUGGGGUGGGUUGCACUUGCUGAGACUACCAAAUCCAGGGCCCAUGUGAGUGAGCCCUGCAGGGUUGGGGACCUUUAAGUUGUCCCCUGACACUGGGUGCAGGUAAGUCAGUGCCAUGCAGUAGGUUUGCAGCUGGUGAUGGGCAGGGGGGAAUGGGCUCAGCACAUGGGGAUGGCUUCAUGGAGCUGCAUCUCCCAAUCCUUUAGGCUGGCUCAGUGCUUCUGGAAGAUGGAGGCCCAUGCACUCACCCACUUGCCCAUCAGCACACUGUACCUCUUACACCUUACUGCCACUGGGAGGUCCUGAGGUGGCUGAUGGGAUCUGUGUCCCACUCACAGGGGAAGCUGAACUCCUGCAGUCCAGUCCAGUCCAGUCCAGUCCAGCCCUCCUCUGCUGAGCCCACACUGUGCUAAGGGCAGCCCCAGGGAGAGCCUUCCUCAACCACACAAAGUCACUUGAAAAGGGCUUGCCUUGAGGAGACUUUUUUUUUAGCUAAAAUCACCCCUCCCUUCCCCACCUUUCCUCCAGCUGGAAGCCCAGCAGGAGUGCCAGCUCCUCACCCCCUCACGGUCCCCACGAGCCCCUGGGUCUGUGUUUAUUGCUGCUGGGAUUACCUGAGGGGGCUGAUCCCAUCCCCACGUGCCCCCCACACCUGGGAGGCUCUUUCCAGCUGGUGGCCUUUGUCCAUCCUGUCUCAUCUGCAGGAAAGCAGGACUAGGCUCUGACAGCGGUAGGAGCCCUGUUUCACUUUUUUUUUCCCCAAUGAAGGGACAUUUUCACUACUGGCUCUAUCUAAAUACACUCUGAGGGGGUUUUUCUGAAGGAAAAUCCACUUUUCUUGAUGUGAAGGCACGGAGAGUGCCGGUGUUGGAAAGGUCUCAGGGCAGGCUUUGCUCUCUCCCCUUUUGUUCCGGGUGGCAGCUUAAUAAAAGAUGAAUCCAGCUGGUGGUGGUUGGUUAUUUGUCAGGAGGAGGAGGAGCAGAGGGAUGUGUCCAAGCCCCAAACCCCAGAGACUGCAGUUCCCCCCAGGGGCCCAGCAACUGCCUCACUUUGCACCAGUGGCCCCAGAUCUGGACCAGCUGGGUGAGCCUUGGUUUUAAAGAGAAAGGGGGUGGGGAAGCAGAAAGCAAGCUGUGAGCGUGUAAAACAGGCUUAAAAACGAGACUUUCAUUGGCUUCUGAUCUCCUCAGUGGUGCCACUUCAUGCUGAUCCCACCAGCUCAGCCCCUUUGUUGCCAUCUCCCAUCUCCCCCACCCUCCCCAAGGCUGUCAGCCCAAGGCUUGGCUGCAAUGUGAUGCCUUUGCCAUCAGAGCUGGGCAGCAGAUGGAAAUCUCUCCCUCUUUCCCUGUUAAACCUGGGACACCUUCCCAGAGGACAAGAUGGAGAUGGCACCUCUCACCCUCAUCCACCCUCAUGGAAAGAGGCAGGUCUUGAGUUCCUGCCCAAAGCAGAGCCUGCACAGCAUUGCCCUGGUGAAACCCACCUCUCACGGAGUUGGAAGCAGGAGAACAUCCCCAGUGCAGAGGCUGAGCCAGCUUUGCACUCUCCCUCUGGAUUCAGGCUGGCAUUACCCGUGCUCAGGUCACAGAGCCCACCAUGCACAGGCAGAGUGGGCAGAGGCAGCGGGGUUGUGCUGUGACAUCUGCCCCGGGGAGGACAGUGCUGCUGAGGAGGUGAUGGUGCAGAAAGUGGGGGACACACUUAGGGUUAUUGCUGCUCCCAUGUGGCCUGAGCUUCCAGGCAGCACUGCUGGGGAGCUUGGCUGCUCAGGGACCGCCUGAGCCCUGCUUUGGAAGCUGGUGAUGGUCUGAGGGUGGGAGAUGCUGUUCACCCCCAGGUGCCCCCAGACACUCUCACUGCUAAAGAAACUCUCCCCCUCCUCCCUCCACCACUGCUCCCUGGGGGCUGUAGCUGGGGCGGGUGAGAAGCUGCCCCUUGGUCCUGCCCCAAUGACCAGCAGAGGGAUGUGGAGGCACGAGAAAAACCUUUAAGAAAAUUCCCCAUGAACUAUGACUUGUGAUCCCUCAUUGCUCCCAUAUGGGAAAAGGGCUUGUGCUGGCUCCCCAGGGAAUGCUGCCUGUUCUCACCACCUCCUCACACAGAUGCCUGCAGCAGAGCCCCCUAACACUUCCCACCCCAGGGCUGACAAAGGUCACCCAGGAGCAGGCAGCAGCUGCACACCCAGUGACAUCCGAGGGUCUCCUUCCCCAGGGAUCCCCAGGCUCCCCUGCACCCACACUCACUCAGUAUUCCCAACAGCCUGGGGCAGGGGUACUUUCUUCUGCCAGCAGUCUUCACCUUCAGGGUUUCAAAAUCACCCUUGAAUGGCCAGGACUGGGCAUGAAGGAUCUUGGGAAGAAAACAGCAGGAGCAGAAGGCUUUGGACUGGGGUGGUGAGCGGAAUACAGCUGGGAGCAAGCUGAGCUCUGUGUCUGGGGAGGCCCAUGGCCCAAUUUCAUUCAGAAGUGUCACAGGGAAAUGCAGGUUUGAAGCUGGGGCUGAUUGAGGGAGCUGGAGUGAGGGCACUUCCACAAAGAGCACUGGCAAGGAGCCUGGGACAGAACCAGGACACACCAGGAUGAGUUGCUCUCACUCCCCACAGGCACAAGAAGAAGGGAGGGCCCAGUUGAAAUCAGGCUGAAGAUCAGGGUGGUGGCAACAGAGAGGGCACAGACACUCCGCAAAAAAACCUCCAACACACCAUAGGAAAAAAAAAGGUUUUAUUAUCACCAUUAUCAACGUUUUCAUUAGCUUAACACUGAAUUGUAAAUCACUCAAUCAUUACAUAUUGUCUGAAUAAAACCUACAGACAG